GUUAUCCAUCAUGUUUCAGUAUCAUAAAGCUUUUCCGUGGUUCAACGAGAAGUAUAAUCCCUCACUUCCUUUUGUAAAUCUUCGUCGCCGUGUUCGACGCGAGGGGUGGAGUGGUCGAAUUGGGAAAUUCAUUCGCGAGCUUGAGGAAGGGAAACAUGACCCAGCUCUCGAGCCCAACAAAGAUGACGAAAAGGUCAUUGACUCUCUGACUGCUAACCCUAGCAAUGGAGAUAUGGAAAUGCCUUCAGCUGAAGAAGCGAAAGGAGACGAGGCAGCAGAAGCGGCGGAUGAGGACCUGCCCAUAGCGGAGAGUGCCAUUGAGCCCAACGGGAACGGUAAACGUGCAGAAUCUCCUCCGGGAGGCGGCAAAACUCGUGAUGAGGAGAUCAGUGUCAUGCCGGAGGGCAAUCAGGUCCUUAUUCGCACAAUUCCUCCUGACAUUGGCAGGGUGAAGAUAGAGAAGGCAUGUCGCGAUAUUCCUGGAUUCCUUCACCUAGGACUUGGCGAUACGAUGCAAAAGAAAAAUUACUAUCGAGCAGGGUGGAUCAGAUUUAUGGACGAAACGGAGAUGUCGAGUACUGUUGAGAAACUUAGCGAAGCGAAGAUUGAAGGUUUCAAACUUCAUGUCACACAUAGCACUCGUCCCUUUCGUUCGAGGGCCCGUCGCACUCCUGAGAGUGCGAGUGAACCUGAGCGAAUUGAGAAGGAUCUGGCUAAUGUCAAAAAGCUAGCUGCUGUCCUUGAAGACGAAGCGUAUCAUCUUCAGACGCUGCCAGAAAAGCUUCCUGAGCCCAGAAAUCUCAAGCAAAGCAAUGGAGGAGAACUACCUGAUGAUUCAGAUGCCGUUAUAACUGGUGAUGCUGAGCCAGCAGCGGAUAGUGAAAUGACAGUGGAACCCACAAGGGAACCCAAAGAUCGCGGCACUGAGGCACUGAACAAGCGACUCGAAAAGCUACUUAGUGAUUUAAAUGAGAAGCAUAAGGAUGAGGGAUCAUCAGAAGGUACCUUAAGGGUGAAAAAGAACAUGAUUGAGCUUGACUUGUAUUUGGCGUAUCUUCGUAUGGCAUUCAACUGCUGUUACUAUUGCUCCGCGAUUACCGACCACGAAGAAGAGCUUCAAAGGCAAUGCAUUAAGCACAUCAGGACUCCGAAGCGUUCCUCAGAACCGGCCAAAGAUGAUCGAUGGAGCGAAAAUCUGGAUCAGAGGACGGCAUUACUGAUCGAUCGUGACAAUGCCGAUCCUCGCGAUUAUGGAGGAAAACUCUAUGAUGAAGAAUUGACGAAAGCUGUUGAGCCGCACGUUAAACAGGAAGAUGAAGGAAAUUCAGGUGCCAUGAGCUUUGUACAGAAGCAUGUGUCCGGCAAGCAUCCUGAGCUUGUCCAGCAGCUGGAAGAGAUUCCGUUUUUCAAUAACUUCGCGCUCGACCCUCGGAGGAUUGCGCCAUUUUCACAUCCUCCUCCCCCUUCCGGUGCGGGACAGCAGGCACCAGGUGAAGCUUACGGGCUUCGAUCUCGUCCUUCUGAAACACGAGGCCGGAGUAACAGUGGUGGUUAUGGUUCUUACCCACCUCAGUAUGGCGGAUAUUAUCCAGGAUGGCCAGACUAUUAUGGGCGCUACUAUGAUCCUUAUCCUCCCGCUCGUGGGUAUGGCUAUGACUCAGGAGCUCGGGGUCGCAGUCGAAGCCCGCCACCUUUCUCAGGGCCUGCUUCCCGGAAGCUCUCUGAUCGUUUAGGUGAUUUUGCUCCUAGUCCCGGAAGUGCUCGAGGCGGUCCACCACCACCGAUUGAGGGGUUGCCUGCCAAACCUGUGUCAUCAGCGAAACUAGAACCCGGUCCUCACUCCAAGCGCCGACGCGGUGGGAGUGUCAGUGUCGACAUAUUGACUGGUGGUCCGCCGCCGCCCAAUGCCAAGGAGGAUCCAAGAGCCGCUGCUGGAAGAAAAGUCAGCUACUAUGAUAUCGAUAAGAUGGCAGAGGGUGAUGUCGAACUGCUGUAUUGAAGCUCUUGGACGCGGUCUCCUUUUCCAUGCCUCGUCUAUUUUGUUUAUUCCGAGCAAUGUGCUAAAAAGUCUUAUGCGAUCCACUGUUCUAAUACUACCCGGUGUUAAGAUCAACAACGCCAGUGUCAUUACACCCAUCGAUGCUAAUAUAGUGCAUAAUAAAAUC